CAGACUGUUAUUUUGCCCAAAAACACUACAACACACGUCAUUUGCCACGAAUUCCCAAAAACUUUGACUGGAGUUGCACCAGAUUUAUUAUGGACAUUUUGAUAUCUUAAACACAAGUCGGUUGAUACGCUCUCGUUGCAUCCAUCAUAUAUCUGCCAAUGUCGAUAGCUAGCGAAGCGAACUUCAGCAACGACACCACACGACUUUGGAAAUAUCCUCCAAGGAGAUAGCCAGUGCUAUAUUUUGUUUUUCCAUUAUCUAGUUUUUUUUUUUGAUACUUAGGUAGGGUGAUUGUAAUUGACGCGAGUCGACGACGUCCACAUGGCUGAGAACACUGCCAAGGAUGCUGCUGGCCUGGAAAGUUCAUUGGAUUUUUCCAUUGUCCAGCAAAACGAAAACGAAAAUGCCAAAGGAUAUACGCAGAUAACGGGCAGCUCGAGUGAUUUGUCCCUGAUACAAAAUGUAUCCACCAGCACAACGAUAGGCGGUGGAGGUGGUGGCGGAGGCAGGGGCAAAGGUCGCCUGGAUAGUCUAAAAGAAAAUUUGUCCAAACAACAGGAACGUUUGAUGGCACUGCGGGAGCGAGCGCAACGGCGGCCCAGCAAGAGUGAAUCCAUGGAAUCGCUGAAAAUACUGGGACAGAAGCUGACCGUUAUCAAGGCGCGGUCUGGUGGCAUCGCAGUGAGCGAUGCCUCCACUCCCCUGGCUACGCCCACAAAGGAAAAAAAGGACGACUCUCUGGAAAUUUCGUUGCUGCAGCCUAGUGGCAGUGAAAAACUUCUGAUGCUCACACAGCGCACGGAACAGAAUCGGGCGCUGCUCGAACAGCGAAAGCGAGAUAUGGCCAAAUCGCUGCUCUCCGUCAGGUCUGGCCUCAGCCAAAGUUACAGUCACAGCCACAGCCACACCAAUGCCGAUCUGGGCUCCUCGAUGACUGACCUACGGCAGGCCGUGGCGCCAGAGGCCAAUGCUCACGUCUCCCGACAUCGCUCUGCCUUGGAUCUGCAGCAGCAGCAGCAGCAGCAAGCAGACGAAAUGGACGAGAAUCGGAUGAAGUUGCUAAAGAACAGGAUGAGGAUCACCGAGCUCAAACAGAGCCGGCAGGAGCAAGAAAUGCGCCAAGAGCUAGCCAGGCGGGCCAGUCUCAUCGAGCAAUUGGAACUGUCCGGGGCCGAGCUGCAGCGCACUCUAACGCGGAGAGACGAAGAGUUGGAACAGAUGCGUGCAGAUGUGGUGCCCGAGAGAAACAGCCUGCAAGAACAGGAGUACUCUAGACUUCACUCUGAGGUGGCGACCAUGAAGGAGCGCCUGUCAGAGCUUGAAAACAUCAACGACAUGCUGGAGAUGACGCGAUGCGAGCUCACUGAGGAGCUGAGUACGGCGCGAGAGCAGCUGCAGCAGAGAAGCCAACCCGAGUCGACUACCACAGAGGUGCAGGUCAAUGAAGAGCUGGCCAAGCAACUGAGCGCCCUCCAGGCAGCCUACGAUGAAUUGCGGCGGGAGGCCGACUCCCCCACGAAGCUGGAGGUGAGCGACAGCAACGUCUCCGAGCGUCUGAUCCAGCUGGAGGCGACGAUAGCCGCGCAGUGCUUACAACUGGAGGAACAAAAGGCGGCCAUGGCCAGUCAGAGUGAAGAGCUGGCCGAGAAGACAACUGAAUUGAAUGUGCUCAAUGUGAACCUGCGCCUGCUUGAGGAGAAACUCGCCCAGAGCAGCCGGAGCAAGCCGCUAUUUCUGGACGAGGAGGACUCCUCGGCGGCCAGCGAGCAGCUGAAGGAAGAACUUCAACAGCUGAAGCAGAAGCUGGACGAGUCGAACAAGGUCAACAUCAAGCUAAAGCUAAAGUGCAAGCAGGCCGAGAAGCAGUUGCAGAAGAUUCAGGCCCAGGACAGCCAGCAGGAAUUGGCCGCUUUGGCGGCCGAGAACGAGACUCUGCAACAGCGAAUCACUGUACUGGAGGACGAGAAGGGCCAGUGGCAGUUGUCCAAUAUGCUGGAAGAGGGCGAUGGAGAGGCGCAGGGACAGACGCAGCCUGAGAUCAAUCCACUCCAAAGGGAGGCCGUCCGACUACUGGAGGAACAGAAAAUGGAGUUGCAGCAGGCCCUGGAGGCUCUGCAGCAGGGCAACGAGUCCGCCCGCGUGGAGUCCGAGCUGAGCGAAGUCCACUUGGAGGAACAUCUCUCUCAGCGCGUCCAGCAACUGGAGCAGGAGGCCCACGAGCAGAUCCAGCAACUGCAUGCACUCCAGGCCGAGAAGGAGGCACUCGACAAGAAGCUUUCGCACUAUGUAAACGAGAACAUGGAGUUGCUGGACAAGCUGGAAAAGAUCAGUGCCUCCAGUUCCGCCGAGUCCAUCGAAAUUGUUGAGCGGCCGUCGCAGCAGCAGCUGGAAUGCUUCGCCCCCCGUCGUCCGGCCAGCGAGGGCGAUGCCCAGGAACAGAAGCAGCAACAGCAGCAAGAGGAGGAAGAGGCGACGGCGGCGCCCAUUCCCCGGCUGCCCAGUGUCGUGAGUGAACUUACUCAAACGGAUCUCACGGCCGAUGCCAGCGAGAGUCUCAACCUGCUCAGGGAAGAGCGCAGCGAACUGCUCCAGAGGAUCGAGCUGUUCUCCAACGAGCGACGCGAGGUGCUCGAGAAGAUGGAACAGCUGACGGCGGAGAAUGGCGACUUGCAGGCGAGACUGGAUGGCCAGAAGGAGCAACUGAUGCGCCUAACAGCUGACAACUCCCGGCUGGAGUCAAGAUUGAGCGAAGGACAUCAACUGAGCGAGCGCUCGAACCUCUCGCAGGAGCUCAGUUCCAUGCAGCGCUCCUCAGAGGUGGUGGCUGCCCUCGAUGCCGGCGAAGGUGGUCCCGCCCUCUUCGACAAGUGCGAGCGAUCCCUCAGCAAAUUGAACUCCGAGCUGGAGGCGUACCGCAAGGCCGAUCGCCAGGCCAAGAUCAACGCGUCCAAGAAAUUGGCCAAGGAGGCCAAAAACUGCCACACCCAGCUGACGGAACUCCUGCAGAAGGUGAAGGAAGCCAGCACGGCGGUGGAAACGGUCACUGUCGUGGAGACAGUGGUAGCUGUGACGGCUCCCAAUGGCAAGGCUCUGGCCGAGUACGAAAAACUUACGGCACAGAAUGCAGAGCUCAAGGCAGAACUGUCCAGGCUGCGCCUAGAGCUAGAAGAGCUCCAGGAUAGCUACGAGCCAGCCCCAGCCUCAGCCCCAGCCCCAGCCCCAGAGCCCCAAUUGGCCAUUGCAGCGGUGGAUGAGCAUCAGGCAGAUCUGGCGAAGGAAGUGCAGCAAUUGCAGACUACCCUGGAGGAACACUUGCAGACAAUAGCCGAUCUUCGCGGCGGGGAAUCCGAACACCUGCAGUUGAUAGCCUCGCAGGAAGCCAGGCUGACGCAGCUCCAGCAGCAGGUGGAGCAGUUCCAUCAAGUGCUGAGCAAUAAGGAAAUGGUCCACGAGAAGUACAUGGAGCAACAGACGCGGAUUCGACGCGAGCUGGAGGCUCGCGCCGAGUCUAUGGAGGGGGAGAUGAGCAUACUCCAGGCCCUGGUUGCCGAACAGAAGCAGCAACUGAUUGAGAAUCUCAGCGAGAGCGAGCACACGCUCAAUCUGAAGAUCCUGGAGCUACAGUCCGCCCAGGCGGAGAUACGGGAGCUGCGCGCCAAGGAGGAAGAUCCCGGCCAUCUCAAGGAGUCGCUGAGGGUGAGCAAGUCCCUGGCCGCGCAACAGGUGAGCGAGCUGGCUACCAAACAAGAAACGAUCGAGGCCCUCAACCAGCAGCUGCAGGAGUUGUACCAGAGCCUCGACCAGGCCAAGCAGGAAGAGCAGCACAAGCAGCGAGAUCUGCGCGAGAAGCUUAAGAAGUACGCCCUCAACCUGAAGAAGCGCAGCCAAGAGAACGCCGAACUGGAGCAGAAGCUCAAGGAGCUCUCAGAGCGGCCCCAGGAAGCGGCCAUAGAUCACGAGCUGGUGGACAACCUGCAGCAGCAGGUGGCGCGCCUCAACGAGGAGCUGAAGACCAAGAUCCAUGCGAAUCUGGAGAGUCGCGACGCCUUGCGCCAACUCAAGCAGCAGCUCCAAGAGCAGGAACAUCUCCUGCAGCAGUGCGACGAGGAACUGCAGAACACGGUCCGUGCCAACACCGAGCUGCGACGCGAGCAGGCCCAAUGGGAGCAGAAGCAGUCGGAGCAGGAGCACCGUCUGGCGGAUCUGUACCGCCAGCUGGAGCAGAAGUCCACCAAGUUCGACAAGUCCAAGGAGGUGAUCAAGCACCGCAAUGCCACCAUUCAGACAUUGCAGCGCGAGCUUCAGCAAGUGCGCCUGCAGCUCGAGGGCAAAUCGGAGGCAGCAGUCGAGCCUCGCGAGGAGGAGGCGCAGCUCAGGGUCCAGCUGCAGGAGGCCCAGAAGCAAAACUUGCUGCUGGCCCAGCAGUAUGCCAGCGACAAGGCCGAUUUCCAGGGGACCGUCGGCCGCCUUGAGACCAUUCACGGAGGCAUCCAGGCCAAGCUGCAGCAGGAUGCGUCCUACAUCGAGUCCCUCGAGUCGCAGAACACGGAGCUGCUCGCCAAGAGCGCCGCCCUGGAGGAACAGAUGGCCAGUCUGGCCAACCAGCAGGCCGCGGCCCAGGAUCGGGCCAGUCUCUUCGAGCAGCAGCUGCAGCAGAACUCCUCCCAGCAAAAGGAGCACGAGACGCAGCUGCGAGAGCGCGUGCGAGAGCUGGCCGAACGGGAGCAGGCGCAUAACCGCCAAAUGGAGCUUCUGGCCGGCGAGUCGGAGGAUUCCCGCGAGCAACUGGUCCAGCUUCGAGCGGAGUACGAGGCGCUGAGGGUCAAACACAGCCAGUUGAUGGCCCAGGCCCAGGCGGAGCGCGAAACGAUGAGCAGCCACAGCGAGGAAGAGUUAGCCGAUCUCCGCGAGCAGCUGACCCUCAGGGAGUCGGAGCUGCAGCGCCAGCGGCAGGUGUACGAUGCCAAACUGGCCGCCAAGGCUACCGAACUGGACGAGAUCGAGUGCGACCUCAAUGCUCACAUGGAGCGCGCGACUGCCGAGAGUCGCGAUCUCACCCAGCAGCUGGAACGGGCCCAGGAGCAGAUCAGCCAACGGGGCGAGGAGCUCAGUCGCGUCAGCGAGGAGCUGCAGGAGGUGGAGCGGGAACGUUCCACCUUGAGCCGCGAGGUGACGCUGCUCCGGCUGCAGCAGGAUAGCGCCGAGCAGGACGUCUUGGAGCUGCAGGAGCUGCGGAUGCAAGUCAUUCAGGACAAGACGGAGAUGGACAACCUGCGCUCGCAAAUCGACUCGCUCUGCGCGAACCACACCCAGGAGCUGCAGCUCCUCCAGCAGCAGAUCGCCGAAUGGGACACCCUCGGCCAGAACCAGACCGACGACCAGGUCUACAUCGAGACAGAGAACAAGCGGUUGGCCGAGCAACUAGUCGAACUGCAGGCGCGCCUUGAGGAGCAGGCCAGACAGCUGGCCGUCGCUCGACAGAGAUCAUCGGAGGCAUCUGUUUCCACUUCUUCCGCUCCAGCUGCAUCCUUUUUCUUUGCCAGCGAUGCCGCUGCGGCUCCAUCACCCUUCGACGAGAUUGUCCAGCCUCCGAGGAACUUCAGCCAGCAGUUGUCCGCUGCCCCUCCCCAGGCCACGCUGCCUCCCCCGCCCACAAUCGAGGAUUUGCAGCGGAAUGUCUCGGAUCUGGAGAAGCAUGCCCAGGACCUGGAAACCAAGCUCUUGGCCCGCAAUCAGGCGGUUUCCGACCAGGAGCGCCGUCUGGCAGAGCUGGAGCGACAGCUGCACGAACGGGAUGAACAGCUGGCAGAGAUUAGGGCUGCCAAAGAGGAGCGCGAGCGACUUGCAGCCCUCGAGAAACUGAUCCUACCGACGGCGGCGCCCUCGCUGGAUAUGUUCUUUGGCGUGGGUGGCCCGGGCGACACUGUGCCGGAUGCGUCCACCCGUCAGCAGCUGGACUGGGGUCAGCCUCAGACCGAGCCCGUGGUGGAGCCAAUGAUUGCACCAAAGAAAGCGUACAUCUGCCAUCCGCAGCAGGAGGGGGAGCAGGCAAUCGACUGGGGCGUCGACGAGGAUCCCUGGGCCAGUGCCGCAGCCGCCCAAGCCACCCAGGACACUGAGAUCCGCACACAACCCGAUGGUGAGGCACUGCACGCGAGGAUUGAACAGCUUGAGCAGCAGUUGGCCACAGCCGAACAGCAAAAGUCCGAGCUUCAGACGAAAACCGCAAAGCUAUUGAAACGCCUCAAGGAGUACAAGAGCAAGGCCCAGGUCACAGUCACCGCAUCGGACAACGACCUCGACGGGGCCAUCAUCGAGGAGCUGAAGCAUCAGCUCCAGCUGCAGGAGGCCCGCCAGGCAAAGAACGAGGAGCUUGUGCAGCAGCACUCCCUCGAGAGGGAGAAACUGAGCAAGCGCAUCGAUGUGCUCACCGCCGGAAAUGAUCGCAUGGCCGAGUUGAAGGAGCGCCAGGACAGGGACGUGCAAAUGUACCAGGCACGCAUCCGCGAGCUCCAGGAGAAGCUCACCCAGCUGGACCAAUGGGAUGUACCAGCCCCAGUUGCUGCCCCACCUUUGGAUGCGGCGCCUGUGGAUACUGUACCCAAGGCCAGCGAUGCAGAGUCCCUCAUUCAAAUUGAAAAUCUACAGGCGGAAAAUAUGGACCUAAAUGUCGAGUGUCAGGAAUUACAGUCACAGCUGCGGGAGGAGAGGCGUCAGGCCCAGUUGGCAGAGGAGACGGCUGCCCAGGCCCAGGCACAGCGGGAAGAGUUGAGGGAACAUCUGUCUCAGUUACAAGCGGAGCUGGAAGAGCUUCGAGGCAGCCAGGUGGAGGCUAAUGAGCUGCAGAGCCUCAAACUAGAGGUGGAGCAGCUGAGGAGUCGGCAGUCGGAGCUCGAGGAACUACGUACCCAGAAACUGGAUCUGGAACAGGGCCUGCGGCAACGGCAGGCCGAGAUUGAGGAGCUGCGACAGACCCAGCGACAAGCCGAGCAAUCAGUGGCGUCGUCCGCCUCGUUCAGUGACGAGCAAAUGGCCCAGCUGCAGGAAAAGGAGUCGGAGAUUGUGCAUCUGAAGCAGCGCAUCGAGGAACUGAUGCGCGAGGACCAGACCGAAAAGUUGGUGUUUGAGAUACUGACCAAGAACCAGGAGUUGCAGCAGCUGCGCAUGCAGAUCAAGCAACUAAAAGAGGACAGGGAGGAGCCUCCACCUCCGCCUCCGGUGGCAGCAACAGAGACAGAUCAAGAGCUUCAACAGCUGCGGGCGCAGUGCCAGCAAAUGUUGCUGGAGAAGUCCGACAUGGAGGAGGAGUUGCACGUGCUUAACAACCAUGUGUUGUCGAGCCUGGAGCUGGAGGAAAAAAUGAAGCACACGGUUCUCGAGCUGGACACCAAAAACAUUGAAAUAGCCGAGCUGCGCAAGUCCCUGGAACUGCUCCAGCAGAGUCAGAGUCCAGCACAGAUCCCGGAUCUGGAUGCCCUCAACCAGCAAUGGGAGGCGGUGGUGGAGCAAAAGUGCGGAGAGGUGGCCAGCAUCUGGCAGGAGCAUCUUUCCCAGAGGGAGGCUGCAUUCAAGGCUCAGAUGGAGCAGCAGCUGCAGCAGCAGCAGAUGAAAUAUCCUACUGAGUCAGCCGUUCCCCAGGCAGAGGACAGCGAUAACUUGCAGAGAAUGCAGAAAGCCCUGGAGACGCAAGAGACGGAGAUUGUCACACUCAAGGAGCAGCUGGCCAUUCGCUCGGCCGAGUAUGCUCGCCUCGCUGCCCAGUACGAUCCCUUCCGGCUGCAGCAUCAGCGACCCGGCGGCACUGGUGCAGACGACGCUCAGUCAGAUUACGUGCUGAAGGCGGAUCUCGACUAUGCACUGAUGAUGCUCCAUCAGCGGGACAUGCGGGUCGAAGAGAUGAUACUCGAGCUGGGCCAGUUGUUGCAAGAGCGCGACCACCUGCAGCUGAAAUUGUCGGACACUCUGCGGCAGCUGGAGGCAGAGCGCGUUCGUGCCAGCGAGGACCCUGCACUGGCAGCCAGUGCCGAGAGCAGUGCCAAUGUCUCCUCAUCGACCGCGUCGAGCAACGACAACAGCAUCGAUCUGGCGGCCGUCCCCAACUCCAGAGGCAGUGAUUUGGAGCAAAAAUUGGCUGAGCUGCAAACGGUGAAGCACUCGAAAGACAAGGUCAUUGUGGACGACCGCCAGCAACGCGUGCAGCAGAUGGUUCAUCUGCAGAGGGACAUGGCCAAGCAGGGAUCUGGAUCGGCGGCAGUGACGACUGUAAAUCCAUUUGGAUCUCCAACACCACUAGCAGCAGCCAGUCAACCUCCACAUGGCGGGGAUCUAUCCCAAGCCGCGCCUCAUUCGCCCACGAUGGGUCUCAUGGACUGGAUUCUGGGCAACAAGAUUGAGGACGACAGUCAGCAUGCCUCCAACUGAUCGCAGGAGCACGCUGCCAUUCUCCCCCAAAAGGCAUCGCUAGAUCUAUAACUACGAAUCAUUACUAUAAUUUCGCCUUCAACUUCGUUUCCUUGGCGAUAGCGAUAGCUACAGCGUUAGUUUUUAAUUUUCUAUAUUGCGUACCUUGGCUAAACGAAAGCUAUUCGGAUGAUCAGAUCAUCCUCAAAGGAGAAGAUGAAACGAUUAAGAGAAUUCCGAUUUGUUCCAAUGCAAUAGGCAGUACCUUUUAUGUUGUAGAUAUGUAAAAAUUGUAUAAAAAAAGCAAAACGAAAAUACAAAAAAGAAAAAUGAAGAGUAAAAAAGAGAAAGGU